CACAUUAACAUGGCGCCUUCAAUCGUGCAAACCUCGAAGAAAGCCAACGUGGAAGAUAAGAUGGCAGAUAGAGUGUCUGAACCCACCACCAAUGGCGCUCUUCCGCUUACGGCGAUCCCACAAAAUGGAUACGACUUCAACAUCAUUGACGCCUUGCGACAUGCCGCCAGAGAAACAACUGAGGGGAUCAUCGCAUAUCAGCCCAACAACACUAGCGGGACUUCUGCAGUCCAGCAGCUUUCGUACAGUGAGCUGCUUCAGCAGGCGGAAGAAAAUGCAAAUCGGCUUCGUCAGCAAAGCAUCUGCAAGCCUGGACAUGUCGUGCUCAUCCACUUCGACAAUACCUUAGACACCAUCAUCUGGUACUGGUCUGUUUUGUUAGCUGGCGGAAUCCCCGCCAUCACCAGCCCCUCGAUGUUCAGUCAGAACCCAAGUGACAGGCAUAAGCAUCUGAGCCAUCUCCAUAGCACGCUGAAGGGACCAAUAUGCCUCACUCAGCUGCUCCUACUAGGUCCUUUCAAAGAGCAAAGCGGGGAAGACCGCAUUAAUACGUUUGUCAUUGGCGAUAUUCAAGCCGUACCACCCAUUAAAUCCUGGCAGCCCCUACCUUUCCGACCUUCCCCUUCUGAUGUGAUUGCUCUAAUGCUCACAUCUGGAAGCAGCGGCAACGCAAAAGUGGUACCGUUAACCCACCAUCAGCUACUUGUAGCCUUUCGUGGAAAAACACAGGUUGCCAACUUGCGGCAUCAAAAUAGCCCGUUUCUCUCCUGGGUGAAUAUGGAUCACGUAGCUAACCUCGUCCAUUGCCACAUAUUUGCCAUUGUGUCCAAGGUAUCACAAGUUCAGGUCCCCGCAUCUGAAGUGCUGGUCGAUCCUAUGCAACUCCUGCGCCUUGUUAGUCGUCACCGUGUCUCGCGGACCUUCGCGCCAAACUUCCUCCUUGCCAAGCUGCGCAGGCAACUGGAGGCGGACAAGGCAUCCACGGACGCAGACCUGAAGCUAGAAACUUUGUACCUAGAUACAGGUGGUGAAGCGAAUGUUACAAAUGUUUGCGUUGGUCUCCAAUCUCUGCUCCAGAAAUAUGGCGCUCCAGAAGAUGUAUUCAAACCCUCAUUUGGCAUGACCGAGACAUGUGCCGGAUGCAUAUUUAACAGCCGGUGUCCGAGCUAUGAUCGCGCGGAGAAUUUAGAGUUUGCGUCACUCGGCAAAUGCAUGCCAGGUGUGCGCAUGCGCAUCACCAAACUCGACGGUUCUGGGAUCGAGGCACAAGUCGGAGAACGAGGCAGUUUAGAGUUGACUGGCGACGUUAUUUUCAAAGGUUAUUACAAUAACGACAAGGCCACGGCAGAGGCAUUUACUGGGGAUGGCUGGUUUCGGACAGGCGAUUUGGCUUAUAUCGACAAGAACGGCUACCUUCAUCUUGAUGGCCGUACCAAAGAGAUAAUCAAUAUCAAUGGGGUCAAGUACCUCCCGCACGAGCUAGACGCAACACUCGAACAGGCUGAAAUUCUCGGUGCCACGGCAAGCUACUUCUGCUGCUUUGGUACUCGUGAUGUGACAAUGGACACUGAAGUUGUUGCCGUACUCUACUUACCGUCAUAUGAUGAGGCAGACGACAAAGUCCGUUUCGAGACGCAAGACACCAUCGUUCGAGUUGCGAGUAUGCACACUCGGUCCCGUCCUCAAGUAAUACCACUACAACCCCAAGAUAUGCCCAAGUCAACUCUUGGGAAACUCUCUCGGGCGAAGUUAAAGGCUGCCCUAGAAGAAGGCAGCUUCGCAGCCCAACAGAAUCUAAAUGACGAGGCAAUCAAGAGGUAUCGACACAAGACCCGUGGCAAGGUAGAGAUGUCUGAAGAGGCUACAAUUCUGGAGAUCAUCCGAGAGCAACUCGAAAUUCCAGAUGAGGACGAUUUCGGUGUCAAUGACUCUGUUCUCGCAACCGGGGCGACAUCAAUGGAUCUUGUGGCCAUCAUGCAGCAAAUCAACAGGGAUCUGCAGCUCCUAAAGCCCAUCCAACUGACUGACCUCCUGAGUCAUCCUACAGUGAAAGGUCUUGCAAAGCGUACUUCCACAUCCAAGAAUCGAGGAGAACAUAAGUACGACCCAGUUGUGACUCUCCAGCCCUUCGGAAACAAAGCUCCUCUAUGGCUUGUUCACCCUGGCGUCAGUGAAGUCCUGGUUUUUGUCAACCUUGCUCACCACGUAACCGAUCGUCCCGUCUACGCUUUCCGCGCAAGAGGAUUCAACGCCACCGAGGGCGAGACACCAUUCGAAUCACUGCAAGAAGUCUUUGAAACAUACCGUUCUGCCAUUAAGAAACGGCAGCCGCAAGGUCCUUACGCCACCGCCGGUUACUCGUUUGGUGGCAUGGUGGCGUUUGAAGUAGCCAAGCUGCUUGAGGGGGACGGGGAUGAGGUGCGAUACUGCGGCAGCUGGAAUCUCCCGCCGCAUAUAAAGUUCCGCAUGCGUGAGCUCUUAUGGGACGAGUGCGUUAUCCAUCUCUUCUACUUCGUCGGCUUGAUGGACGAAGCAAAAGCCUACACUCACAAACCGAUCUUAUGUGAGUUUGAACGGGAAAACCGUCAUCUUGACGCCAUUCGCUACCUGCGGAAGCAUUGCGAUCAGAACCGGUGGGAUGAGCUAGGCCUCACAGAAGAAUAUUAUCUCAUGUGGGUUGGGCUUGCGUUCAACACGCAAAACAUGGCCGUCAACUAUGACCCCUCGGGAAACGUCAAGUGUAUGGAUGUAUUUGUGGCAGACCCUCUGAGCCAUGUUGCGAAGAAUAGAAGGGAUUGGGUAGAGACCAGAUUGGCAGCAUGGAAGGAGUUCGUGAGAGAAGACGUGAGAUUUCACGACGUGCAGGGGGCGCACUAUACAAUGUUGAAUCCGGAGUAUGUAGUUAAGUUUGCAGAGACGCUACGAACAGUUUUAAGGGAAAGAGGCAUAUGAGAGAUGACAUGGCCAUUGAGUUGAGUGAUGAUGUAGUUCUGUCUUCUCGCCGCUGAGGAUGGGUAUAGGUGUGUUUGUUGCAAGAAUGUUUUCCAUAAAAUGAAUUGUUAAAGAGAGCGGUAGAAUGAAUGUCAAUUCCUAUAGAAGACAACUCGGCUCCACCCUUCCUCACAUCACAUCUAUGUAUCGUACGAAUUGGAGGAUCAAAUUCAG